GGAAGCGGCUGCGGUAUAACUGGGUCCGCUGUACCGCUGGAGGGCGAAUCCAGGAGCUGGCCGCGGGACCCUCCCACCGCAUAUGAGCGCCGGCUUGCGCUGGAAGUUACUAUUUUUGGAGGAUAACGAGGCGCUCCGUCCGCUCCCGUGGGGGCUUUGCGUCAGGAGGGCAGGCUCGCGCUGCGCACAGUCUGACAGCUCGAGCGCUGAACAGAAGAGGGAAGAGACGUUUCAGAGACGUUUUACAGACGUUUUCUAGACAUUUCAUCAGCUUAACGUUUAGAGGACUUUCUGAUCUGGGGCUGAUCACGCGCUGACACUACAAAAGCACAAACUCUUCAGUCUUCAGCUCCAUCUCCUGGGUCUGUCUGGUGGUGGGUAGCUCAUCCACUGUCUUGUCCCGCGCUCUUCUCUCCUCUUCACUUGCUGGGAUUGACCCAAGUCCGGUGCAGCCAUGCCCAAAAGCAGUAAAGUGACCCAGCGAGAGCACAGCAACGAGCAUGUCACCGAGUCCGUGGCCGACCUGCUGGCCCUGGAGGCCCCCAUGGACUACAAGAGCAGUCAGAUGAGCAUGAACAUGGCGGGAGGAGGACCUCCGCCAAUAGGCAAGCAGCCAGACAUCUCGCCCGAUCUGGAGGACGGGCGGCCGGCCUGGAACAGCAAGCUGCAGUACAUCUUGGCCCAGGUGGGCUUCUCAGUGGGUCUGGGCAACGUUUGGCGAUUUCCCUACCUGUGCCAGAAGAACGGAGGAGGUGCGUACCUCGUUCCAUACUUCAUCCUGCUUAUCCUCAUCGGCAUCCCUCUCUUCUUUCUGGAGCUGGCUGUGGGUCAGAGGAUCCGCAGGGGGAGCAUCGGGGUCUGGAACUACGUCUACCCUCGGCUGGGUGGCAUUGGCGUGUCCAGCUUAAUGGUAUGUGGCUUUGUGGGGCUCUACUAUAACGUUAUCAUAGGCUGGAGCAUCUUCUACUUCUUCCAGUCUUUCCAGUAUCCUCUACCUUGGAGCGAAUGUCCCAUCAGGAGAAAUGGAAGCCAAACCUACGUGGAGCCGGAGUGCGAGAAGAGCUCUGCCACCACCUACUUCUGGUACAGAGAGACACUGAACAUCACCAGCACCAUCGCAGACAGUGGGGGGCUCAACUGGAGGAUGACCCUGUCUCUGCUGGGAGCCUGGAUCAUUGUCUGUCUGGCUGUUAUUAAGGGCAUCCAGUCAUCAGGGAAGGUGAUGUACUUCAGCUCACUGUUUCCAUACGUGGUGCUCUUCUGCUUCCUGGUACGUGGAAUGUUUCUGAAAGGCGCUGUGGACGGCAUCGCCCACAUGUUCACCCCUAAGCUGGAGAUCAUGCUGGAGCCGCAGGUGUGGCGCGAGGCUGCCACUCAGGUGUUCUUCGCUCUGGGUCUGGGUUUCGGUGGAGUGAUUGCUUUCUCCAGCUACAACAAGCGGGACAAUAACUGCCACUUUGAUGCAGUGCUGGUCUCCGUCAUCAACUUCCUGACCUCCAUUUUAGCCACGCUGGUGGUGUUUGCUGUGCUCGGAUUCAAGGCCAACAUCCUGAAUGAGAAAUGCGUGGUCGACAAUGCAGAAAAGAUUUUGGGCCUCUUAAACUCAAACGUCCUGAGCCAUGAUCUCAUCCCUCCUCACGUCAACUUCUCCCACCUGACCGCCUCAGACUACGCAGAGAUGUAUGAAGUCAUUAAAAUUGUAAAGGAGGACAGUUUUGCUCAGCUGGGCCUGGAGCAGUGUCUGCUGGAGAAUGAGCUCAAUAAGGCUGUUCAGGGCACUGGUCUGGCCUUCAUCGCUUUCACAGAGGCCAUGACGCAUUUCCCAGCGUCCCCGUUCUGGUCAGUCAUGUUCUUUUUCAUGCUGAUUAACCUCGGCCUGGGCAGCAUGAUCGGCACCAUGACCGGCAUCACCACGCCCAUCCUCGACACCUUCAAAAUCCGCAAAGAGAUCCUUACAGUGGGUUGCUGUAUCGUGGCUUUUUUCUGCGGCCUGUUGUUCGUCCAGCGCUCAGGGAACUACUUUGUCACCAUGUUUGAUGACUACUCCGCCGGCCUGCCUCUCACUAUCGUAGUCAUCUUGGAAAAUGUGUCUGUGGCCUGGAUAUAUGGCACCAAGAGAUUUGUGCAGGAUCUAGAGGACAUGCUGGGUUUUAAACCGUACAGAGUUUACUUCUACCUCUGGAAGUAUGUCUCUCCAGUCUGCCUUAUUGUGCUCAUCUCUGCCUCAGUCGUGGAGAUGGCGAUCAGUCCACCUGGAUAUAAUGCCUGGGUUCAGGACCUGGCUUCAGAGAGGUUCCAGAGCUAUCCUCCGUGGGCGCUGACGAUGUGCUUCGCCCUCAUCAUCACGGCCAUGCUUCCCCUGCCGCUGGUCUUCCUCGCCCGCCACUUCAACUGGCUGCCCGACGGCUCCAACAAGCUGUCCGUGUCCUACCGCAAGAGCCUGACCAAGGACACGUCCAACCUGGAGGACGAGACGCGCUUCAUCCUGGGCAAGAACCCCAGCGAGGCGCCCUCCCCCAUGCCCAGCCACCGCGCAUACCUGGGGCCCGGCAGCACGUCGCCCGUGGAGCUCAUCACCAACUCCACCUCCAUCAGCGGCUACGGCAGCAGCUACCAGACCAACCCUGCCCCGCCCAAGUCUGAGUCGUGAAGCCCCGCCCACCAGCCCGUCCCAGCGGGACCGAGGACGAGCUGGACGCAGCGGAGGGAAGGAGCGGAGGUGGAAGAGAGAGGAAAAAAAAGAAAGGGAGAUGGAUGAAGUCACAGCAUACGUCACAUACUUUAAUUCAAGCCAUACAGAGGAAAGGAUGGAGGGAGGAGGAUGAAAUACAGGAAUACAGUUAAAAAAAAAAAAAUAAAACAAACUGCAUUCACCAAGUCACUAAAACUAGCUGGGAAAGCACCAGAAGGUAAAUUCUGAAACACCGUGUCUCUCUCCUACUCACCCAUCUGGACUAAAGCUGCUAAGCAUUUCCACCAAUGAGCAAUGAGGGGGUGGAUAGAGAUCACACUGAAUCAUCCUCACAAUACUGAAUACUGACAGAGGUUCACUCUGCCCUCUGGUGAGUGCUUUACUAUGACUGCCCUGGUCACAUUCUACAUCUAGAUUUGCCUACUACAAAUAUACUCAUCGUCAAAUACUCACAUAGUUGCACCCAGAAGGAAUUAAAAUAAAAACAGAUCAAAUAAAUUAAAUACAAUUUUAUUUAAACUAAUAUGAGCAGCUUUGUAUCACAUUUAAAACACAUAUGUAACCCAACAUGCCUUUUUCCUGCAGAUUUUGCAGUAUGGGUUACAUUUACAUUACAUUUAUAUUUACAUUUGAGGUAUUUAGCAGACGCCCUACAACAGUGCUUCAUUGUUAAUUCAAAAUAUCCAUAGCUAGUUUGUAGACUAGGAUCAAGAGAUACAUAGAGCUUGAUCAUGUUUAGAACCCUAGGAGAUUUUUUGGUACCACUUUAUAAUAAGACUACCUUUAUAAAGCGUUUAUAAAUGGUUUACAAU